AUGAUAAUUGAGCAGGAAUUUGCCGAAUUACUCAAUGAAGUUAAGGAAACUUGGGAGCAGUUACUCGAAUGGGAAAAGUGCCAUGCAGAGGAGUUGAACAAUAUAGUGGAAAUUGUCCGCGAACUUGAGGAAAGAAGGGCACGCGGUUUGGUCACUUUGGAACAGGUUGCUGAAGUGAACACUCUGUGCAACUAUAUCAAAACCAUGCAUAUGUUCGAUGAAGAUGGUAAUCCUCGUUAUACGGCUGAAGAACUUGCUGGAGCCGAGACGGACGUUUCGGAAAUGUCGAACUCACAUUCGAACCCACUACCUGAUUCAACGACUCAGGAUCGCUCAAUAGAUAACAAAGAAAACAAUGCUGGUGACAGAGGUGCAAUAAGUUGUGAUGUAGGAGCUCCAGCUCAGCUCAUGGUAAAGACGAAAGCAUCACCUGCAUCGAGCCUCUCGGGCAUGCCUCGAUCGUUUCUUUAUCCAUCCUGGCAAGAAAACUCGAGUGCGGUCAAGAAUCCCAGUGUGCCUGCACAAGGACGUGAACCUCCGAAGAAGAAGGCUCGCGCAGGUGACAAAAAUGGGCUCCAGUCUCCAGACCUGGGUUUGGACGGUAUUAAGUAUGUCAUAAAUGAACGUGGGUAUCUGGUGAAGAAAACACGAGCACCCAACACCAGAGCUUCUGCAAGAGCCAAGCGUCGUUUGUUCACUUAG